AUGCUGAGCGGCUCCAAGAACACGUUCAAAGUCCGUCAGAUGGAGCCCAUGCUGAAGGAGAGAAUGCUGAGUCAGAGCGGAGCCAGCGCCAGGAGCAGAGACAUCCUGGGACUGCGCUGUCUGCCAGGAGAGUGUGUCCUGCAGAGGGUGCCCAUGGUGAGGAAGAAGCUGACGUCUAGAGAGGGCCGGGGCUGGCUGUCUGGGACCCUGUUCUGUACCCACUUCAGAGUGGCCUUUGUGCCCCAGGACACUCCUGAGCAGCUGGACAACGCAGACCCGGUGCUGCUCGGGGACCAUGACGUGGCUCUGGCUGCCAUCGAGAAAGUGGUGGUUGUGGGUCCAAACAGGACAAAGCAGGUGUCGGCCUCGUCCAGCCUGAAGUUCACCCCCGAGGAGCUGCUGCUGUUCUGCAGAGACAUGAGGGUGGUGUGUCUGCUGUUCGACCGCCUCACACCGGACGCACACGUGCUACAGAUGACCUACACCAUCGCUAAGACCUACCAGCCGCUGAAGCCUGGCUCUGUGCUGGCCUUUCAGAACGCUGCUCUGGGCAGUGUGGAGAUGAAGCAGUUCCUUAGUAACCGCAGCAGAGACCCCCACAUGAACUGGUUUGAGACGGCUCAGGACUGGAACCAGGAGCUGGAGCGCUGUGGGGCAGUGGGCUGGAGGGUCAGCGCGGUCAACGAGCGCUUCGAGAUGGCCACCAGUCUCUCUCGCUUUGUGGUGGUGCCUCAGAGGGUUCUGGACACGGAGCUGAAGAAAACCUUUGCCCACUUCAGCGAGGGCCGCAUCCCGCGCUGGAGCUGGAGACACCCUCGUGGAGCUGACCUGCUGCGAAUGUCCAGCUUCCAGAACAACAUCUACCACGAGAAGGAUGACAUACGGAACCUGGAGCUGGUCCUGUUCGGGGGCCACUCAUCCCUGUGUGUGGUGGUGGAGCUGGGGGAGGAGCUACCCUCUACUCUGGACAUCCAUCUGUCCCACAGCCGCCUGAGGGCACUGUGCCUGGGAGAUGUGUCCAGCUCCAUGACCGUUCCGGACGAUAAGUGGCUGUCGUCUCUGGAGAGCACCCACUGGCUGCACCACACCAGGGCGUGUCUGAGGAAGGCCUCUGAAGUGUGCUGUUUGCUGCGGAGCGGUCACAUGACGGUGGCUCUGCAGGAGGCGGAGGACCGGGACAUGGGUUGCCUGGUGUCCUCUCUGGUGCAGGUCAUGUGCGACCCCCACAGCCGCACACAGAGAGGCUUCCAGAGUCUGCUGCAGAAGGAGUGGGUCACAGCAGGCCACCGCUUCUACAGCCGCCUCAACUACCACCGAGACUGCGACAAGGACGAGUCUCCGGUCUUCCUGCUCUUCCUGGACUGUGUGUGGCAGCUCUGGGCACAGUUCCCGUCUCGCUUCCAGCUCACGGAGGAUUUCCUGCUGGCGCUCCACGACAGCCUCCACCUGCCGCUCUUCUCCACCUUCCUGGCCAACUCUCAGAGGGAGCGGCUGAAGAGCUCCCAGCAUGUGGGGCAGUCGUACACUCGGGUGGAGGGCUGGAGGGACGUGCCCCUGGAGCUGGAGGACCUGUGUGACCCCCCUCUGCCCCCCGUGUGGGACUGGGACCUGCAGUACAGUAAGGAGCGGCAGGCCAGCUUCACCCAGCCCAUCCCCAGCCCUACCCCGCCCCAGCCUCUGCUCAACGGGAACCUGAACACCGGCACAGACACACUGCGGAUGGCAGACACCAUCCCUGGCUCAGUCUUCCUCUUGUCCCGGGGCAGUUUCUCCUGCCCCCCUCAGCUGCCCCCUUGGCGCAGCAGCCUCAGCUCCAGCGUGUACCGGAAGAGCCACCGCAGGGCCCUGUCCUCGGAGCACGUGCCGGGGCUGGAGAGGCUCUUGAAGGCCUGGGCUCUGGCUGACUUCCCCCACACUCUCACCUCACACUCAGGCCCCCAGGGGCCCCUGGACCCCUACGAACCUCUGCUGCCUCUGCUGAUGGGCCCCUGCCUGGGUCUGUGGAGGCAGUGCUACCUGCGGGGGGCCAUACAUGCACAGGCCUUCUCCCACCCGCUGUCCUCUCCUCAGCCUCACCCUGUGGAGCGGCUGUCCCGGCAGGUGCAGCAGCUGCGCACCCAGCUGUCCCAGGUCCCGGUGCCCAAAGAGCCCUGUUCCCCUGAGACCCCCAUGGGCCUCCAGCGGGACCUGAACCAGAACGCCAACAACAGCACCUUCCUCUUCCCUGCAGCCAGAAGCUCCAAGACCCCGUCCCCCCAACAGAGCUCCAGACCUGCGGCCGGCCCCCAGCAGAGCUCCAGACCUGCGGCCGGCCCCCAGCAGAGCUCCAGACCUGCGGCCGGCCCCCAGCAGAGUUCCAGACCUGCGGCCGGCCCCCAGCAGAGCUCCAGACCUGCGGCCGGCCCCCAGCAGAGCUCCAGACCUGCGGCCGGCCCCCAGCAGAGCUCUAGACCUGCGGCCGGUCCCCAGCAGAGCUCUCCUCAGAGAAGUCACAAACACACCUUCCUCUUCAGAGCCUCGUCCCCGGGACGGAGGCGGUCCACGGCCCCUGAGGCCCAGAGUCAGUCCUGUCGCCCGCACACGGCCUCCUGA